AUGGAAUACUACACUCUCGUCCUUUUCGCCGCUCUGCUCCCCGUCGUCGCCGCAACAGGGUUUCUCAACAAGGACUGGAACAUGACGGACAAGGAUGAUUUCACCUUGCGAUAUGACGGCUGCGAGGAUAUGUCUCCCUGCCCCAUUGUCUUAUACAACUGGUCGAGCUGGGGCUUCUAUCAUCCGGUGAACGACACGAACGCUGUUCAAACUGUCAUGGACGAUGCAGGCUACGGUCGGAACAGCAUCAUCGACAUGAGACUGGACUCUGUGCCCAGUGGAGAUUACUUCCUCCUGAUCGGUAAUUCGGCUUCCGGGCGGUGGACAAGCGACAUGAUUUCGUUCGAGGCUUUCGAGAAACCUUUGAUUCCCAUGCCCAAAUACGCCGACGUUCGAAUUGUGUCAGUUUCACGAGGGACAAAUACAACAAGCGGUGCAACUAGGUCCGCCACCGGCUCAGGCGUCGCAUCAACGACGCAAACAGCAUCAGCGACGGCCAACAAUCCGUCGUCUACUGCGCGAGCGUCUUCUUCCCCCGCCGCAGCCGCAGCCGUCACCACCGCUCCGCCGACAUCCACGGCAACUCCGGACCAGCAGCAGCAGCAAAACCCGCCUCAACUCAGCACCGGCGCCAAGGCAGGCAUCGGCGUGGGCUGCGCAGCCGCCGUGCUCACUGCCCUGGCGUUGGCAGCACUGCUCUGGCGGCGGCGACGACGACGACAACGACGAGGAAGCGGAGGAGCAGGCCGGCGGGCAACCUCUUAUAUCCAGCCAGGAACCUCCCCCGUCGGCUUCGCUCAGCCGGUCGCCGUCGGACAGCAUGGGCUCGGCGGGCAGGAGCUGUACGGCCUCCACGAGAGUCGAGCCGCGUCCAUGCAGCAGCUCGGCUACGGCUUUGGACUCGCCGCGCUGACGGACCGCUCCGGGGCGAACACGCCGCUGCAGCAGCAUCUGUCCCGUCAGUCCGGGACGAGCACGCCGGUACAGCAGCAGCGGCACCUGUCGUAUCAGUCCGGGACCAACACGCCGGUCCAGCAGCAGCAGCAGCCGCAGCAUCUGUCAUAUCAGCCAGCACAGCCUCGCAAUCAAGUCUUGGAGAUGUACGCGCCCGGUGGUGAUGCUGCCGGAAGCUCCACGACCAUGGCGGCAUCUGCUGCUCAGUCCACGCCGGUCACGUCACGACCGUCCGCCGGCGCGAACGACAAGUCGUCAACGACCGAGACGGACCCCGCGCUUGCGGAAUUCACCCUCGGGCCGACCAAGCGCGUGUCAGCCAUAGACAUGCCCUGGCUCACCCACGAAGAGAACCAGCAAGAGCAGCAGCAGCUCGAGGCCUAG